CAUCUUGUCUGUCUUCUCUGUCUGUAUUUGAAACUUAGCAUUGUUGUUUAGCAAGCAGACGAGCGAGCAAAGAAGUAUUUUAUUAAAAAAAACUGAGCAUGAAUUUUGAAAUUUUAUAUAGUAUUUCAGCCAAUAACAUCUGCAUAACUGUUAGAAAAUAUAGGCCUUUUAAAUUUUUAUUGUGUUGAAUAUUAGUGUGUGUUUUGUUUUUAACUAAGAUGUACAAUGAGCGAAGUCUAUGUACCAAUCGUUAUGAAGAAUCACUUAAUGACGAUAUAUUUAAAUUAGUUCAUGUGAAUAGUCAGGAUUCGCUUUCUAGCGGUAGUAUAAGCAACCUGGAUCAAGAAUUUAUAUACGUGGAACACUCUCAUUCCGCUGAAGUACUGUCUGGUCUGAACGAACUGCGUAAAUCAAAAACAUUUUGCGAUGUUUCUCUGUGUGUGGAAGGAGAGGAGUUUCCAUGCCAUAAAGUGGUCCUUGCAUCAUUCAGCUCAUAUUUUAAGGCCAUGUUUACAAGCGAAAUGGCUGAGAGCCAACAGAAAGAGAUAGUGCUCAAUGGAGUUGAAGCAACUACACUAAAACUCCUUUUGGAUUAUGCAUAUUCAGCUACAGUUCCAAUCAACAAACAAAAUGUACAGGCAUUGCUGUCUGCUGCCAAUCUGUUAGAAGUACUUCCAGUUCGAGAUGCCUGUUGUCAGUUUUUGGAAAAACACAUGGAUGAGACGAAUUGCUUAGGCAUACACUGUUUUGCUGAAGCUCAUGCUUGUGAGGACUUACAACAGAAAGCUAAAGACUUUGCUUUAUGGUAUUUCCGUGAUGUGAUGAAACAUGAAGAAAUUCUCUCGCUGUCCCAAAGUAAAUUUAUUGAAUUUAUAUCUAGUGAUUCUCUGAAUGUUGAGAAAGAAGAAAAUGUGUUUGGAGUUGCAUUAUCAUGGCUAAACCACAGUACCACUACAAGAAGUGAAGAUUUUCACAAGGUGUUGGAACAAGUCAGACUACCAUUGUUGAGUCCAUACUAUUUGCAUGAUUGUGUAGCCACCGUUCCUGCCGUAUCCACUUCUACUCAGUGCCAAAAACUUCUCGAAGAAGCCAAACUGUACAAUUUAUUACCUGAUCGUAGGCAUCAAACAGCAUCAGUGAGGACAAAGCCUCGUAAAUCAUUUGGUAUUUCAGAAGUAAUUGUUGCAGUUGGUGGGGAGGAUGACAAAGUUGUCCUUCGUAGCGUGGAAUGUUUCGAUCCGGUGCAUGAUAAGUGGUUAACGUUAGCUUGCUUGCCAUUUGCAAUCAGCAAGCAUGGAGUUGUUGUUACUGGUCAAAAUAUUCUGUAUGUAGCUGGUGGCGAAUAUCCUGAUGGCACUGCUAGUAGAUCUCUGUGGAAGUAUGAUCCUAUAUUUGAUCAGUGGCACGAAAUGGCCUCUAUGAACAUUGAGCGAUCUGAAUUAGGUUUAGCAGUUUUAGAUGGCUAUAUAUAUGCAAUAGGUGGUUGGGAUGGCUUAUCUAGGUUGAGCAGUGUUGAAAGGUAUAAUCCUAAUAACAACACAUGGGAGUAUGUAUCACACAUGAAACUAUCACUGACAUGUCCUGCAACUGUUGGACAUGAAGGACAUCUUUAUGUAACAGGUGGUGCAGUCAUGGAAGAUGGAGAUGGUAUUGAUUUAGUCCAGCGCUACUGCCCUCUGACGGAUGUCUGGUCUGACAUGGCUUCCAUGCUCAUUGCAAGAUCCGGCUCUCGAGCCUGUGUGGUGAAUAAUUUGAUUUAUGUGAUAGGUGGGUGGCAUGCUUCUACAGAAAACACAAAUAAAGUUGAAUAUUAUGAUCCUGCAAAAAAUGAAUGGAAAUUUUGUAAAUCUAUGUUAGAGAAACGCUUUCAACCAGGUGUUGCUGUCGUAGAAGGAAAAAUUUAUGUAUCCGGUGGUGAAGAAGGAUGGGAUAAGCCUGAGCACAACAAUGCCACUGAUGAACAAGCCGCAGGAUUCCUUGUUCGCAGAAUUCCUGUGUCCAUGACGAGACCCAGUUCUUCACAGCGUCCUUGA